UUGGUCAAGGUUGCACUUGCAGUUUUAACAGCAGAACGCGACUGGAGCUUCGUUUACGCGCAAACAGAGAGCAGCCCGAUCAGCCGAGGCUCUGCCGAAACUUCUCCCGUUUCUAUUUGCACAACCCGGAGGAAUCUCUCACCUCUCAGGAGCAACCAUGGAUGAAAUGGAGGAAGAGUUAAAAUGCCCUGUUUGCGGCUCAUUUUACCGGGAGCCCAUCAUACUGCCGUGCUCCCAUAACAUUUGCUUAGCCUGUGCUCGGAAUAUUCUUGUGCAGACCCCCGACGCCGAGUCUCCACAGAGCAGCCGAGCCUCCGGGUCCGGGGUCUCCGAUUAUGAUUACCUGGAUUUGGAUAAAAUGAGUUUGUAUAGUGAGGCGGACAGUGGCUACGGUUCCUACGGGGGCUUCGUGAGCGCUCCGACCACCCCUUGCCAAAAAUCACCGAACGGGGUUCGGGUUUUCCCCCCGACUGUCCCUCAGCCGCAGCAGCAGCACCUUCUACCGCAUCCCGGCUCCUUAACUCCGAUCCCUCGUAACUCUUGCAUCACCUGUCCGCAGUGUCACCGCAGCCUCAUCCUGGACGACAGGGGACUCCGCGGGUUCCCCAAGAACAGGGUGCUGGAGGGGGUGGUGGACAGGUAUCAGCAGAGCAAAGCGGCCGCUCUCAAAUGUCAGCUCUGUGAGAAGAGUCCAAAGGAGGCCACCGUGAUGUGCGAGCAGUGUGACGUCUUCUACUGCGACCCGUGCCGCCUGCGCUGCCAUCCUCCCCGCGGUCCACUCGCCAAGCAUCGCCUGGUGCCGCCGGCGCAGGGGCGGAUAAGUCGCCGCGCCAGUCCCCGCAAAAUUUCCACUUGCACAGAGCACGAACUGGAGAAUCUCAGCAUGUACUGUGUACAGUGCAAAAUGCCUGUAUGUUAUCAGUGUUUGGAGGAAGGGAAACACGGCACGCAUGAGGUCAAAGCUUUAGGCGCAAUGUGGAAACUGCACAAGGGUCAACUCUCCCAGGCCCUCAACGGCCUGUCAGAUCGAGCCACUGAGGCCAAAGAGUUCCUGGUUCAACUAAAAAAUAUGGUCCAGCAUAUCCAGGAGAACGGUGUGGAGUUUGAGGCUUGCUUGGUGGCGCAGUGCGACGCCCUCAUCGACGCCUUGAACCGGCGCAAGGCCCAGCUGCUGUCUCAAGUAAACAAAGAGCACGAACACAAGCUGAAGGUGGUGCGGGAUCAAAUCUCCCACUGUACAGUAAAGUUGCGUCAGACCACAGGCCUGAUGGAGUACUGUUUGGAAGUCAUCAAGGAAAAUGACCCCAGUGGUUUCCUGCAGAUCUCUGAUGCUUUGAUUCGGAGAGUCCACAUGACAGAGAGUCAGUGGGGAAAGGGGACCCUAACCCCCAGGAUGACCAGUGACUUUGACCUCACUCUGGACAGUGGACCUCUCCUGCAAACAAUCCACCAGCUGGACUUUGUACAGAUGAAAGUCCCAGCUGCUCCCAUGCUCCAGCUGGAGGAAUGCUGCACUCAGAACAACAGCGCCACAUUGUCAUGGAAACAACCACCACUCUCCACCAUCACCGUGGAAGGAUACAUCCUAGAGCUGGACGAUGGAAACGGGGGGCCAUUCAGGGAAGUGUACGUGGGGACGGAGACCAUCUGCACAGUGGACGGGCUCCACUUCAACAGCACGUACAAGUCCAGGGUGAAGGCCUUCAAUGCCAGCGGAGUCGGCCAGUACAGCAAGACACUGAUCAUGCAGACCUCUGAGACUGGACUCCCUCCAUGUGAUAUUCAGUCUAUAGGCACAGUUGCUUGGUUCACCUUUGACCCGGCGUCCGCUCACCCUGACAUCAUCUUCUCCAACGACAACCUGACGGUGACGUGCAACAGCUAUGAUGACCGAGUGGUCUUGGGGAACACUGCUUUCUCUCGAGGUGUUCAUUACUGGGAAAUGACCGUUGACCGCUAUGACAACCACCCUGACCCAGCCUUCGGCAUCGCUCGGAGUGACGUCCUGAAGGAUGUGAUGCUAGGGAAGGAUGACAAAGCCUGGGCCAUGUAUGUGGACAAUAACCGCUCCUGGUUCAUGCACAACAACUCGCACACCAAUAGGACAGACGGUGGCAUCACUAAAGGAGCUACAAUAGGAGUGCUGCUGGACUUUACACGUAGGAUUCUCAUCUUCCUCGUGAACGAUGAGCAGCAGGGCCCAGUGGCAUUCGAAGGCUUGGAGGGCGCUUACUACCCCGCUAUCAGCCUCAACCGAAACGUCCAGGUCACACUGCACACUGGUCUACCCAUCCCUGACUUCUACACUCCUGGGGAGGCUGAUCCAACUGGCUCAGUGUGCUGAAAACUCAACACCAUCCGAUUUAAGGAAACCUCCCCAGCUUUCCCGAGGUUCCUCCUGCCAGUCAGAAACUCUUUAAUACCCUCGCCAACUCCUUCUUCCCGUCUUCUUCUCUUUUGUUCCUGACCAACUGACCCCAAGCAAUCUGGAAGAGGUCCCAUCCAGCGCUGAGCCAUGCCUUUAUCAUGCCUAAACCCCGGACUCGUGGUCCAUCCUUGGGACACUGUCAGUAUGGAGGGUGCUUUGCUGUCUGUACCCUGUAUUUUGAUAUUAUGAUGUGUUCCAGUUGGUUGAAGAAGAAAAUUUCCCAGCUGAUGGACUUGGAAUGUUUUUAGAAAAGUGUUUAUAAUGUGGGCUUCAAUUAAUAGUUUGACAUUUUGGGGAAAUACACUCAUUUGUUUUGCUUUUGUUUUUCCAAGACUUAGAUUUGGAUUAUGGAGCCCAUCUUAACAUAGCUCAUCAUAAAGACUGAAAACAACGGGGAGGAAGCUAGCGUGGGCGCCAACUUUCAACCUUUUUUAAAAUAUUUUGAUUUAAAUAUACAUAUUUAAAUAGAGUGUGGCUGCCCAUUUCCCCUUUUUCCUGUCUUUAUGCAAAGCUAAACUAAGGCACAUCUGGCUGUAGCUUCAUAUUUAGUGGAUAGCCAAGAAAGUGGUGUUGUUUUGUAAAUGAGUUUAUAAGAAAAAAAAAGAGCCCCCAUCAUACCAUCCACAUACACUUCAAUAUAUCCUAUUUUUCAUGCUCAUCCCUCUCUUUUCUUUUUCAAAAACAUGUAUUUUCCUCCUCAUGAACACACUUACAGGGAGGGAGAAUGAGAGGUCAUGUGUAUGAAAGCGUGUGAGGAUUGGUUGAGAUGGGUCAGCAGCCGUAACGAUCCAAGGACGAGAGCAAUAGCCUGACUCUCAGCCGUGUCACUGUCAUAUCCUCGUUCGUAUAAAUGAAACGCUUUUCUUAGUGGCUUAGCUUGUGUGAACCUUCUGUAUCGUUUGUAUAAAGAAAAAGGAAAAAUUACAGUAUCAGCCUGAGAUACUCCUGGAAGCGAGGCCUUCAUGCACCCUUUCUCUGCAGUGCAGCUCUCAAAACAGGAAAGAGCGGGUUUUGGAUUAAUAUAUCAUAUAGAAGUGAGUUUGAAUAAGGUGCUACAGCAGCUCGCUUAGUUCUGGCUUUUUUAAAUGUAGGUGAUUGAGUACUGGUAGUUUUUUAUUAUUGUUAUUCAAAUGAUCUAUUACAAAGAGGUGUAUAGCUAAAUAAGUUAUUGAUGUUCAGAGUUUUUCAACGAAAGUUCUUCAUGUUUCCUUCAGUUGAUACAUAGCUGUUACAGAAAGAAAUGAAACAUUUUGUCGUCUUGAAAAUGUACUUCAGAGUUUGUUUUCGUGCUGAGGAAGCUUCUCAGUUGAAUUUCAUUAGAGAGCAACAGGAGAGGAAAGCAGACGCUGGGCUGUUUUUGUGGCAUCACAUCUGGCUUCCUCAGUGGGCCACAAUGUCAGACCAGCAGUUUGAUUUAUUUAAGAUUAAGCCAUGCUAAGUGCUAAUGUUACCAUGACAUUAUGACAAAGAAAAUGCCAACAUGCUGUGUUUAGCAGGGAUAAUGUUUACUUUGUUUAGCUCAAAAGUGUGAACACUUGCUAACAAGCUCUAAAAAAGCACACAAGGUUGAGGUGAGUGACAUUAGUUUGCAUUUUUUUUAGUCAAAAAGUUAUAUUAGCACCAAAUUGUAUUAGAAGCUAGCUACAAUUACUAAUACAUUAAAUCAUGAUUAGUUUCAACUGGUUUAGGGGCCCCUGGGGACAAAACAGAUGUGCAUCCUCUCUGAUGCCCUCAAAAUAUGAACCCUGCUGCCUCCAAGUUCUCUUAAAUUAUGGUUAAAUUAAAUAUUAGUUUGUUUUGGAAAAUGCAUACCAUGACUCAGAUGUACAGUACUAUUCAAAGCUCUUGAGCCACCCCUGUAUUUCUUUACAUUUUCCUUCCAAUUAACCAGAUAUUUAAAGCAAUAGUUCUCCAGACUUUCUCAAGGCUUUGCUGCUUUUUCACUCAUUUU